CAAGAAACACUAGUGCGAUUUAUAUCUUCUGCCUUGGAAGAUAUCGUAACAUUGCUUUUAAUUGCUUGUUUUUGUGCGUGAAAGAUAAGAGAGAUGGGAGUGUUAAUAUUUCAAGUGCUUAUUUUCUCCUUUCUUGGUAGUUUUUUUAACGUAAUAUGGAGAAUAUUGUUUUCUUGCUGGAUUUUGCCUGGUAGGGCGCAUAUGAAGCUAAAGAAAAAUGGGUUUCGAGGUCCAACCCCAAAUUUCCCUUUAGGAAAUCAUAGGGAAAUCAAAAGGAUUAGUAGGGAAGCAACAGUUUCUUCUUCUUCUUCUUCUUCUUCUGGGUCCUCAAAAAUAAUCUCUAAUGAUAUUCAUUCUUCAGUUUUUCCCUACUUCUCUCAGUGGCAGAAGUCUCAUGGGAAAGUAUUCAUAUACUGGUUAGGUACAGAGCCAUUUUUGUACAUAGCAGACCCAGAUUUCUUGAAAGAAAUGACUUCAGGUGUGAUGGGCAAGAGUUGGGGAAAGCCUCGAGUGUUUAAACAUGAUAGAGAACCCAUGUUUGGUAAUGGUUUGGUCAUGGCUGAAGGUGAUGAAUGGGUUCGCCACCGCCAUGUUAUCACUCCUGCAUUCUCUCCAGCCAACUUGAAGGCUAUGUCAAGCUUAAUGGUGGAGUCCACCACGAAGAUGCUAGACAAGUGGACUGGCCUCAUAAAUUCCGGCAACCAUGAAAUAGAUGUGGAGAGAGAAAUCACGGCGACGGCCGGAGAGAUCAUAGCCAAGGCAAGCUUUGGCAUAAGCUAUGAAAAUGGGAGAAAGGUGUUUGAGAAACUAAGGGCAAUGCAAAUCACUCUGUUUAAAUCAAACCGUUAUGUGGGUGUACCCUUUAGCAAGCUCAUAUCCCCUAAAAAAACCAUCGAGGCCAAAAAGCUUGGACAUGAAAUUGAUGCUCUCCUCUUAUCUAUCAUAAAAGCUCAUAAAAAUUCUAAUGACGGGUGUCCUCAAAAGGAUUUGCUAGGGUUAUUGCUCCAAGAGGAUCGUGUAAAUGGAAUGUCAGGGAAGAUGCUAACAACAAGGCAAUUGGUCGAUGAGUGCAAGACUUUCUUCUUUGGUGGCCACGAGACCACAGCUUUGGCUCUAUCAUGGACAUUGCUGCUUUUGGCUAUGCAUCCAGAGUGGCAAAACAAAUUGAGAGAGGAGAUUAGAGAAGUUACAGGGGAUAAAGAAAUUGAUUUCACGAAGGUUGCUGGACUGAAGAAGAUGGGGUGGGUGAUGAAUGAAGUUUUAAGACUCUACCCGCCAUCGCCUAAUGUACAGAGGCAAGCUAGAGAAGACAUUCAAGUAAAUGACCUCUUAAUACCAAAUGGGACCAACAUGUGGAUUGAUGUUGUCGCCAUGCACCAUGACCCUAAACUAUGGGGAGAAGAUGCGAACGAGUUUAAACCAGAGAGGUUCAAGGAUGACUUGUAUGGUGGAUGCAGACACAAGAUGGGGUUUCUGCCUUUUGGGUUUGGAGGAAGAAUGUGCAUUGGCAGGAACUUGACAAUGAUGGAGUAUAAGAUUGUGCUAACCUUGAUUCUCACUAGGUUUUCAUUCUCUGUCUCUCCAACAUACAGUCAUUCUCCAGCUAUUUUGCUUUCCUUGAGGCCCGGCAAUGGCCUGCAACUCAUUCUCCAGCCCAUUUAGGCUCCUUUUCUUGCCAAUAGCUAGUUCAUGUACGUAUAGAGUUUUCAAACCACAGGAUACAUCCAUGCCAGUUGAGCUUUUUCUUGUGGCUCCUUAGAAGAAAUAAUGAAUUAAUAGCGUAGAAUAUGUAUAGAUUAUAAGUCCCUGGUUAUUUUAGUUGCCAUGAUUAAUCAUUCAAAUGUUCUUUUCCACCCUUUCAGAAACUGUAAAUCUCAAAGGCUUAUUCACAUCAUCAAAUAAACAAAUUUUAUUUUA